GAAAAAAGUUGCCGUCAUUCCACGUGGUUGUUGUCACCCGCGGGGGGACAGGGGGUUAACCUAGGAGGGAAAACAAACCGUGUCGCAAUCGAUGGCGCGCCGGUGUCGUCCGCUCGCGGCACGCGCCACGCCACGCCACGCAGGGUCCGCGACGUGUGGGAGGCGCCUCCACUUGACUAUGACAUCAUCCUUACAAAUGCUUUUUAAUACGCAGCAGGCAGGCAGGCUGCUCGAGCUAGCCAGGACGCCAGGACGCCAGGCCGCCAGGCCCGCACUCGCUCUCGACGCCCACAUGUGGCCGGCCAGCCCCCGGCCAGCGCCGUGCUUUCCCUGCUGUCCGGCACUUGACUCGGUUAAGGCCUAGAUUGACAGUAGCAGCAUGGCCGCCAAGAUACAGUUCGACUGGCAGGCGGAGCAGCUGCUCAUGAACAAGAUGCUGAUCCUCUUGGAGGACGAGGAGGGUGGCGGCGGCGCGGGCGAGGGACUCGCGUCGUCGCCGCGUGCCGGGUCGCUGUCGUCGCUCAGGGGCGGGCGCAAGAGCCCCAAACAGGGCAAGACCCGCAGCAAGUCGGAGAGCGAGGAAUCGUCGUCGCCGCCGCCUCCGGACCAGCUGAGGAGGCAGAGCCCGGCCAGGAAGAGCCUGCUCUUGCGCAAGGGCAGCGCGGAGGGCAGCCCGGCCAAAGGCAACCCCACCAACGGGAAGUCGACUAACGGCAGCAACACGAACGACAGUCCCGGCAACGGCAACUCGACCAAUGGAAGUCCUGUCAAUGGAAGUCCCACCAACGGCAGCGCCAAGAAGGCCAAGUCCAAGGGCGGCUUCCUGGGACUGCUCUCCAGCAAGAACAAGAAAAACAAGGAGAAGUCCUCCCCUCCCCCACCUACCAACGUGCAGAAGCUGCAGCCGUUGCAGAGACCCCUGGUCAAGCCCGGUGGCAAGCAGGACGCCAAGAUGGAGGUGCGCAAGGCCCUGGCCAUGGAGGCGCAGCGCCUGCGUGCGCAGCAGUCCUCCGGCGACGAGUGGAGCGUGGACGCCGUCCACCCGCGACAUGGGCGCAGGGUGCCCGCCAGCCCGGGGGGCGGCAGCCUCAGCAGCCUCAGCCCGGAGCAGCGGAGGGCGCGCAUGGAAGCGCAGGCGCAGCAGACGGAGAGCCUCUUGCAGAACAUGCACGCCCAGCUGGUGCUGCAGCAGGGCGGCGCGCGCAGCCCACCGUCCACCCCCGGCACCCCGACCAGCCCCGUCAGCCUGGCCAGCUCUCGCAGCCCCCCGCCCGACCUCAAGCUCGACAUCCGGCCCACGGUGCCGCAGCCAUCACCACGCAGCCCGCCCACCAGCCCCAUGAGCCCCGGGGUCCAGGCUGACCGCAGCCUCCCGGCCAGCCCCGUCGUGCCGCUGCCGUCGCCCCGCACCCUGCCCAGCCCCUCCAGUCCCACCAGUCCUGGGCUACAGGCCACCCCCAGCCAUCGCAGUCCCUCCAGUCCCACCAGCCCCGGGCUGCAGGCCAACCUCAGCCUGUCCAGCCCGCCCAGCCCGUCCGGCCCGGGCACCCAACAACAGGCGUCCACGGCCCUCCUAGACGCCGAGCGCAACGGGCGCAGCCCCCCUCUGAGUCCCACCCUGAGCCAGCUGGACGGCUCGCCCGGGCAGCGGAGGCGCGCCCAGGCCGCGGCCCUCGCCAAGCGCGCCCAGAGCCCUCAGCCCCGCUCGCCGCCGACCACGCCGCCCGUCGUCGCCGAGGUCGACGGCAAGGGGAAGCCGCGCCAGCAGGGCCGGCGUGCCAUGAGCGUGUCGCCGUCGCCGACCUCUGCGGCUCCGCAGCAGGAGGGCAUGCAGCGCACCGACCCGCAGCGCCAGUCCGCCCGGCGGGGUCUGCUCGGCCUGUUCCAGAGCAUAAGGAAGGGGGCGUCCCCCAAGCAGCAGCAGCAUGACCUGGAGGGCCAGCACCAGGAAACCAAGGGUUCCCCGCCGAGACCGCAACCCCAGCCUGAGCCGAAGGCAUCCACACAGCUGCCGCAGCAACAGGCGCCCCAUCGGGGAUCCCCUCAGCAGAGACCUCCCCCCCAAGGCACCCCGCAGGGACCUCCACGCAGCCCUCCCCCACGAAGCCCUCAACAAGAGCCUGCACCUCAAAAGUCCCCGCUCUUUUCCGAGGCGAACGUGAAAGCUUUGCCCAACCGCAACGACCUGAGUGACGUGGCGCUCUCCAUGUUCCACCAGCAGAUCUCCAAGCAGGAGCAUUCUUCGUCCAAGAAGGAGAGCUCCAUCUCCAAGUCGUUCGAGAAGACGUCCAGCUCGCUCCAGGACAAGACCUCUCAGCUGCUGCGCGAGGAGAUCUCGCAGGCACGCCGAGAAGAGACGUCUCAGGAGCGUUUCGAGAAGUCCUCGCAAGCGCGUCGUGAAGAGACGUCACAGGAGCGUUUCGAAAAGUCCUCGCAGAAGACAUCUGAGGAGCGUUUCGAGAAGACUUCGCAGGAGAGGCGUGAGGAGUCUUCGCGGUUCGAGCAGAGCUCUCAGUCGCAUCUGGGCGAAACAACGGAGUCUCUUUUCAAGAAAAUGUCUCGGCCGGGCAAGGACAGCAUUCCUCGCGAAAGCUUUGAAAAAUCGUCAGAGUCGCGGCAGGAGGAGUUCUCUCGAGAAAGCUACGACAGGUCGUCGCAAUCGGGCCAAGGAGAAGUGUCGCGGGACCAUUUCGAAAAGUCGUCGCAGGCCCGACAGGAAGAGCUUCUUCGCGAGCGGUACGCACGUGACGGGGACGGCUCGAGUUACGAGAGGACGUACCAGUCGCGUCAGGAUCCGCCCAGGGAAUCGACGACCUCUCUGUCGUACCAACGGGGCUCCGCCGACCGGGCGGCCGCGUCUCCGUCGCACCAGCGCGCCCCUGCGUCCCCCCGUGAGCGACAGGCAGCUGCAGCUGGCGGACCGAGCGCGCGGCAGGAGCAGCAGCAGCAGCAGCAGCAGCAGCAGCAGCAGCAGCAGGUGCGGCCGGAGGUGCAGCAGACCGAGCACCUGCUGCACGCGGAGCGCACCGACCAGAAGCCCCCGCUGCCGCGCGGCGCCCAGCACAGCAAGAGGGGCGCCGCCGAGGCCGCGUCGUCGUCCUCAAAGAAAGGGAAGACGUACUGCCAGAGCUGCAAGAAGAAAUGUUCCGGGGAGGUUCUGCGCGUGCAGGACAAGUACUUCCACAUCGCCUGCUUCAAGUGCAAAGUAUGUCGCAACUCGCUGGCCCAGGGUGGCUUCUUCUGCAAGGACGGCGCGUACUACUGCACGUCGGACUACCAGCGCCAGUUUGGCACCAAGUGCGCCGUCUGCAACGAGUACGUGGAGGGGGAGGUGGUGUCCGCCCUCGGCAACACCUACCACCAGAAGUGCUUCACCUGCGGCCGAUGCCGCCAAGCGUUCCCGUCGGGCGAGCGGGUCACGUACACGGGCAAGGAGGUGCUGUGCGCGCGCUGCGUGCAGAUCCCCGUGCGCUCCAGCGAGGGCCGCGCCACCUCGGCCAGCCUGGGCAGCCCCACCAGCGGGGGCGCGAGCCUGGGCGGCGGCCUGAGCGCGGGCGGCAACGAGUGCGCCGGCUGCCACGAGGAGCUCAAGGAGUGCCAGGCCCUCAUCGCUCUGGACCGCCAGUGGCACAUUUGGUGCUUCAAGUGCAACACCUGCGACGCCGUGCUCCACGGAGAGUACAUGGGGAAGGACGGAGUUCCGUACUGCGAAAAGGACUACCAGAAGAAGUUUGGAGUCAGGUGCGCGUAUUGCAAUAGAUACAUCUCAGGGAAGGUGCUGCAGGCUGGUGACAACCAUCAUUUCCAUCCAACUUGUGCUCGUUGCACCAAGUGUGGUGAUCCAUUUGGAGAUGGUGAAGAAAUGUAUUUGCAAGGAGGUGCCAUUUGGCACCCUCGCUGUGGCCCAGGACCAACAGAAAAUGGGGCUAUAUUGAAUGGUGUAGAAAAUGGUCAUUGCACAGACACAGAGACAGAAGCAGAGAGCGGUCGCGACACUGCUUUUGACCGUAUGAGUUCGUCUGCUGUGAGUGAUAUGCAGUUUUCGAUUCGCUCGCGCACGCCUAGUCUUAAUGGCUCUUUCAAUAGCUUAUCUAGAAAGUACCCGUGCCAAAGGACAGGAAGUCCAGGACUCAUAUUGCGGGAGUACAAACAAAACCAGUAUCCAGAGGAUAUAUCUCGCAUUUAUACCUAUUCCUAUUUGACUGAAGAACCUACCCAGGGUUAUCUCAAGCGUCCCAUUGAUCCCUAUGACAAACCACCAACAUCACCUCAUUUUCACCGCCCAUCAUCUGCUGCAUCUGGUCGAGGUUCAAAACUUACCCAUUUAUCUUCAAAACAUGGAUCUAGAACUGGCAUGACUGUCUUAGUUGACGCUAUUCGUAGUGAGACUCCAAGACCACGCAGUCCUCACAUGAAUAAUGAAGAACCAAUAGAACUAGCUCAUUUCCCUGCAGCUAAACCACCUCAACCAGGAGAAGCCCCAAAGAUAGAGAGGGAAGAUUUUCCAGCACCCCCAUAUCCCUACACAGAUCCAGAACGCCGACGUAGGUGGUCAGAUACCUAUAAAGGAGUUCCAAUAUCUGAUGAUGAAGAUGAAAAUGAUGGAAAAUCAGAAAAGGAAACAGAAGAUCAAAAAUUAAAACGAGAAGAAAAAGAACUUAGCAAAAUUGCAACAGGAAUUGGGAAAGUUUUCCUGCACAAUGUGCGUGAAAGGGAGAAAUUACGACAGUGGAAAAUGUCUCACAUUGAUCCUAGAAAUGCCUCUCGCACACCUUCUGCCGCCAGAGAGCCAAAGUACCAUUUACGCUACCAGUCACCUGUUAAUGCCUCUCCAUCAAGAAAUGUGGACCACCCGAGACCCUGGGAGGAGGAUGAAUUAUUGGAUCGUAGUUCAAGCUACCGCUCUUCGGUGGGAAGAUCAGUGGGGGCUAUACCUAGCUACAAUGUGGUGUCAUCUCUGCGAUCUCCUCCGAAACCUGGCUACGGCCUUCGGUCAUGCACAUUGCCAACUUCUGGUCGAAAUGGUGGAUAUAUGGGCUAUCCAAUGGGCCCUGAUCAGGGUGACUACUCUUUUAGUGGUCUUGGAGAGAAGACACACAGCACUGAAUUUAGCUGCGGAAAAUCGGAUAUUUCAGUUGGUUCUAUCUCCGAGGUCGAUCAUCGAGCUUUAAAUGCUGAACUUCCUGUAUCUACUACAUAUACUGGAGGCUUAGGCGCCCUGAGGUCAGCUUCAUAUUCUCCUCACUUGCGACGUUCAUUGCCUAACAUGGCCCAAUCAAAUUCUUCAGAACCUCCAAAGAUUUACCCAUACCAUCUACUUGUAAUUACAAAUUAUCGUCUACCAGCUGAUGUUGAUCGAUGCAACUUAGAGCGCCAUCUCUCAGAUGCUGAAUUUGAAGGACUAUUUGGAUGCAAUAGAGUGGAAUUUUACCGACUUCCCCAGUGGAAACGCAAUGAAUUAAAAAGGAGGGUUCGGCUUUUUUAAUCUAAUAAUUACAGUUUUGUGUCUGAUCUAAAGCUUUAUGCACCGCAUUCUAAAUUGGAAGUGUUCAUCAAUAUGUUUUAGAUGUAAGUUUGUGGCGAUAUGAAAACCUAGUCGUUGACAAAUGCACUGCCUCUCUUGGCGUUCUUCUUGAUCCAUUGUUUUUCUAGUUCCCUCUAACUUCAAGUCAUUUUGUUUUUGCUGUGGUACUUCCCCAAAAGCAUUUAUUUAAGAUUUUCUUAGUUAAAUCUUUUGGAAGAUUUCCAUCAUUGUGUCUAAUAGCUUAGGAAAUACAUUUCAUAUUUGCAUUUGAUCACAGAUGUGCUCCAAAUAGGUGGAUGGUGGAAAGGCAACUUGACAGCUGUGUUAUAUAUACUCAUAAGCAUAGGUAUCUUUUAUAAAUAAAUGAAUGGUGCCUUUAAAGGCAGCUAAGGUGCUGUCUUAGGUGAAAUAUGUAAUUUUGUGCCAAGCAGAGAUUGCUGGUAUGCCCAUACACUUCUGCAAACCUGUGCCUUAAUGAUACUGUGUAUUGUUUUAGCUAAGCGGAACUCAUGAAACAUGUUUACUUCUCUUUUCAAUAUUCAGUGUAUACUGUGGGUACAAAUUACCCAUUUAGGAAAAUGUGAAAUAUUCUUUUAGCCCUCCAAAUGCCACAUUCAUCACUGAUUUGAUUGGGGAAUGAUAUAUUGAACUACCUAAUGUUCUUAAAUUAAUCAUUAGAAUGUUUUUACUUGUUUAUUGGUUGAUCUACCUAAUCUAAUUUGAACUUUUUUUUUUAUUAGUGCAGAGGAGGUUGCUUUCUUUUAUCUAAUAGCACUCUUAGGGUAGUAUGGGCGUAUUUGCAUUGUUCUGCUAGCAUUCCACUUUUUGCUUCAUAAGCGCCUUUCUGUGUUUUAUUUUUACUCAUAAUAAUGGGGUAAGGCAAUCUCUUACUGGGUUAUUACAUCCACUUGAUGAUACAAUCCAUAGUUUAAAAAUACAUGCAGGCGGGGGCUGGAAACAAUGGAGUUUUGCCAAGAGAAACUUUUUAAAUUGUUCCUGAAAAUUAUGAUUUUUACUUUAUUUCAGUUACCAUCAAGAGACCAAUUGUAUUUAUGACAGUUCCUUAUGAACAUUCUUUCCACAUGCCACUUGGUUUCAAAUUUUUAACUCCUGUAUUGACUUGUGAUUUUUUUCCUAGAAAUUUAUUAUUUAAAUUGUAUGCUUCAACUAGAAUGAAAACCCUUUUUUCACAUAUAUGUUAUUGUUUUAUAUCACUCGUAAUUGUAGAAGAUUGAAUGAAUUUUUUCCCUCUGGUCAUUUAUGAUUUUAUAAUACAAAUUUUAUCUUGUAUAAUCAGAAAAGGUGCUGCUCUACAAGAAAUCUUAAGAAAUUGUAAAAUUAUGAAAGCCUUGUUGACCUACUUCAUACCUAGGUUUUCUUUAAACAUUUUGUAUCUAUCGAAUACAAAUUAUCUUUAAAAGAAUCCUUACGUAUAUAAUAUCUCCCCACUAUCUUCUUUCAAAAAACUUAUGUUGCGUUACAGAGACAAUUUUUAUAAGUGGCUAUCUUUGUGAACAUUUGUGCUCUACGCUUUUUCACAGACGCUUUAACUCUUUGAUGUACUCAUGUAAACCUGGUUACUUGAUGGAUCUGUUCCACCAACUUAUGCAAGACUUUGUCAAUUCCCUCCAAUCUUCAGCUGACAGUGCCUACAAGUACCUGUUUUUAAAUUUCUUUUACUCUGUGAACUUACUGCCCAAAUUGGUCCAUAGUUUCAAUGUCCUCAGUUAUGCGUACUGUGUUUGUUUCUUUUUCUUUCUUGAUCAUUGAUCAGCACACUGAACCAGAAAUGUAAUUGAGUCGACUCAAUGUAUUUGAAAGUUGUCUGUACAUCAUCUUACAUGUUAAGUUUGUAAACAACAUUUCACAAUGUUUUUGUUGCAAAUAUGGGAUUAGUUUUCAAUCUCUAGGCAACAAAUGUUCUCAGGCCAAAAAAUUUAUUUAGCCCUGCUUAGUCUUAUCUGAGAGGGUUUUAAUUUGUUUUGUUUUGUUUUUUAUUUCUCAAAAUUAGUAUUUUAAGAUCUUACAAGAAACCAAAAAGAUGUCAAAGUGCUUUUAGAUUUUAAAAAAGAACUAUUUUAACUCUUAGGAAUGUGAUCUACAAUGGUUAAUAUAUACUUAUGUGUAGACAAUAGUUCUAUGAAGUACAAUAAAAAUUAAAAUCUUGCUUCA